CCUCCUAAAUUUUUUUCACCCUCUAUACACAAUCUUGAAAUCUAUAGUAACUUCUAUAAUUCCUUUCCAUAUCGAUCCUUUUUUCGAGUAUAAGAACAUUGUGAACUAUAUUUCUCAUGGAGAGAGCAAGAUCAUUCUUACAAUCUCCAACUUACGGAAAUGUCAUCACUGUUCUUAGUAUUGAUGGUGGUGGCAUAAGAGGCAUUAUUCCCGGAAUUAUCCUUAGCUGCUUAGAGGCUGAGCUUCAGAAACUAGACGGCGAGGAUGCAAGACUUGCGGACUAUUUUGAUGUCAUCGCGGGAACGAGUACAGGUGGGCUUGUCACUGCCAUGCUUACUGCUCCAAACGAAGACACCCGUCCGCGCUUUGCUGCCAAGGAUAUCAAGGAUUUCUACCUUCAACACUGCCCAAAAAUCUUCCCUCAAGAAAGCUUUCCACUUGCUGGGGCAGCAGAGACGCUUAAAGCUAUGAUGGGACCAAAAUAUGAUGGCAAGUAUUUGCACAAUUUACUCAGAGAAAAAUUAGGAGACUUGCGGUUGCACCAGACACUGACCAACGUUGUAAUCCCAACCUUUGAUAUCAAGCGCCUCCAGCCAACUAUCUUCUCAAGUUAUGAGGUGAAAAAGAACCCCAGUCUUGAUGCGUUACUCUCAGAUAUAUGCACGGGAACUUCAGCAGCCCCAACCUAUCUUCCGGCCCAUCGUUUCGAAACCUCAGACUCAAGCGGCCAAGUGAGAGAGUUCCAUCUCAUUGAUGGUGGUGUCGCCGCUAACAAUCCGGCUUUGGUGGCUAUAAAUGAAGUGUCAAAGGAAAUCCACCAAGGGAAUAAUGAUUUCUUCCCAAUUAAGCCGACGGAUUACGGUCGUUUUCUGGUUAUAUCGUUAGGAACAGGUUCACCAAAAGCUGAUGAGAAGUACGAUGCAAAAGAAGCAGCAAAGUGGGGUGUUUUGGGAUGGUUGAACAGCCACAAUUCCUCGCCUUUGGUGGAUAUAUUCACUCAAGCAAGCAGUGACUUGGUUGAUUUCUUCCUUUCUACCGUAUUUCAGGCUUUGCACUCAGAGAAAAAUUACCUUCGUAUUCAGGAUGAUACACUGAGUGAAAAGGUAUCUUCUGUGGAUAUUGCGACCAAGGAAAACCUGAAUGAACUUGUGAAAGUUGGAGAGGCGCUGUUGAAGAAACCGGUUUCGAGGGUGAAUUUGGAGACCGGUGUUUGUGAGCCUUCUCAUCAUCAUGUUACAAAUGAAGAAGCUCUCAUAAGGGUUGCGGGAAUACUUUCUCGGGAGAGAAAGGCUCGUGAAGCUAGAUCACCUAUCGGAAAGCUCGCAGCAGCUAAUUUAAAGUGAUGUAUUGGAUAUUUGGAUGCUGAUCAACUGAUCAAACAGAUUAUCGCCUAAUCAUUCCAGCUAAUUAUAAUAAUUCAUGUUCAGUAAUAAAACCAUCAUACAUAACACAUGUUUCAUGGAGUUCAAUGAUUAUUGUGAUUUGUAAUACGUCCAGUGGUACUAAUAGUUUAUAAUACUUAGCUUAAGCCUGUAUAAUUUUUUUUUGUUACUUUCUUAUUUUAUAAUUCAUC